UUUUUGUCCUUUGCUUCCUGUCCUCACACCUUUUGUACACCCAGCGAGAUGACUAUGCCUGCCGCCUCUUCGGCAGCUUCGUCUUCACGCGGCCAUCUGGCACGUACCUUGCUUUCGCCGUCGACGUCAUUACUGCGAUCGACGUGCCCGUCAGCCACGAAGAGACGCAUCGCGGUUCCAGUCGCCCUGAUCCACACAUCAUCCCCUCGCCCGCUACCUCGUGCCCUUAAUCGACCACCUGUCAAUCCAAAUGCUGGCUCCGGCCCCUCCUCAUCUUCCGCAAUUCCCUGGUUCCUGCAAGAUCAAGAAGUGCUCGAAGUAGAUGCGCCCCCACCUCGGUCAACGGCCACACCGGCAACCGCUUCUGGUGAAGCAGAAGACAUCAGCAUCGACCCCGAUGUUGCUUCCCUGCCCGUCCCUUUGACCAUCCUGCACACUCAUCUCUUUCGCGGUCCAGUAGCUGGAAUGCUGCAUCGGCCCGAUGCCCUCUCCUUCACGCUUAACGACACAGAAGGCGAAGACUCAGACCCGUGGGUAGUCAUCCCUGCCCGCUCCCUUCUGGGCAGUACUUCUUGGUGCGACUGGGUAGUCAUCGUGACUGUGCGCGAGAACAGUGGUGGGGCGAUCAAUGCAAAGGUAGCGGAGGAGGUCGGCGAGGUGUUGAGGAGGGUCAGACCACCACCAAUGGAAGGCGAGGGUGGUGGAGGGAGCAAGAAGGGAGUUAUAGCUAGUCUAGACGAUCUGCUUGGUCCUGGCAACGAGCGCAGCCCCUUUGGGCCGAAGAGCGAGGGUAGGGGGGCGAUUUGUGCUACGACGCCCUCUGACGGAUUUGAGGAAGGAGACGACCAAUCGGACCCCAAAGCGUACCACCAAACGCCAAGCUGGGCAACGCAUCGCUCCUCGUUGCGCUCCAAGUUCUCAGAGUCUCCACUAGGCACCUCAUCCUGGCGUCCCCUAAAGAUUCUCUCCCGCGAGACUCAGCAUGGUUUGCGCGCUUUGAAUGCUUCUGACCCAAGCAAGUGGAACAGCGCGAGCCUCUCGGAGCACUUCAAGGUCUCUCCCGAGGCCGUGCGGAGGAUUCUGAGGGCGGACCCGAGCAGGUGGGGUGGGGAAGGUAGAGAGGCCGGUGAGGGGGCGAGGAGACUCAAGGAUUUGGUGGAGGGUAAGGGGGAUGGGAGGACGAGAGAGCAGAGGGAGAUGGAUGAGAUUGAGCGAUUGAGGGAGGAGAUUGAGGCGAGUAGGAGGAGGAGCGAUGAAGGUGUGGAGGAGGAUAUUGCUACCAUCGUUGGAGGAGGAGAGGAGCAGCUUCCCCCAGCCACAACUCCAACAGCACCAGCCACAGUACCCGCUGCAGCGCCUACUCGCUCGCCCAUCAAUGUUCGCUCCUUGGGCAAGCCUCGUCACCCUGUGCGCUUCGAGGGGUUACCCUCCACCUCUGCUUCCUCCCGCAAAAGGCAAGCGCGUCAGGCUGCUGCCCCUUCCGCAGGUGGGGACAAUGGUAGUGGUGGGGAAUGGGUGCUAGUGGAUGCAGGCUGGUGUGUCGUUCACGUCAUGACUCCAAAGGCGAGGAAGCGAUACGACGUUGAGGGUGUGUGGCGCGAGGCAGAGAGGGAAAGGAGAAGGAAUGGGGGAGUGGAUCUGACUGCUGUCUGAUGAUGGAUUGCAUGAUACAAAUACAAAUGCGU